CCAGAACUUGGGAAGGCGCGUCGAAGUAAUUACACCCUUCCGGGUUAUGAUUUUAACUACGGAUUGUAUCUACACGGAAUGGAUGGAGGCGUCCCUGAAGCCAUUUGCCACUGGCACGUCAUGAAGCCGAGAAUUAUUUUGGAGAAGGAGAAACCCCGGGAUUACAUGACCACCAACGUCCAGGCGGUCAAGGAUGGCUACGUCACCGCCCACGAGCAGAACCUGUACCGCAAGAUGAAGGACUUCCAUGUCAACGUGGAGGACGAACGUCGGUUCAAGAGGACCCCUCCCAAAGUCCCUCCGGACAUGACCUAUGGAAGACCAGCACG